AUGACUACAUCAUCUACCGUAAAACUUCCCAAUGGAGUCGAGUAUAUCCAACCAACGGGUCUUUUCAUAAACAAUGAGUUUGUGCAGUCCACCAAAGGCGAAACCAUCAAGGUAAUUAAUCCUGCGACCGAGGAGGAAAUUGUACAAGUAUAUGCAGCUGAUGCUACUGACGUUGACUUGGCUGUAAAAGCUGCACGAAAGGUAUUUACUACUGUUUGGAAGAACUAUAGUGUCGAUGACAUUUCGCGACUGCUGUACAAACUAGCAGAUCUAGUGGAAAGGGAUGCGGAACUUUUAUCUGCAAUUGAAGCUGCAGAUUCAGGGAAACCGCGAGCCCAGAAUGCACUGGGAGACGUUCAAAGCACAGUUCACUUGUUUCGAUACUUUGCAGGAUGGGCUGAUAAGCGAAGCGGGACUGUGUGCGAAAAUGACCCUGAAAAGUUUGCGUAUGUGGUACACGAACCACAUGGCGUUUGCGGACAAAUUAUCCCAUGGAACUAUCCUUUGGGCAUGGCGUCUUGGAAAAUCGGGCCUGCCAUUGCUGCAGGGAAUGUAAUUGUUCUAAAACUUGCGGAAAAUACCCCAUUGUCUGUGCUUUACGUUGCCAAGUUAAUUGUGGAAGCUGGGUUCCCUCCAGGUGUUAUUAACAUAAUCAACGGGUAUGGCUCUGUUGCUGGAUCGGCGCUUUGUACACACCCGGAUGUGGAUAAAAUUGCGUUUACUGGGUCUACUGUGACUGGUUCACUUGUGAUGAAGAUGUGUGCCGAAACUCUCAAGAACUUGACUUUGGAGUGCGGUGGCAAGUCUCCGUUACUUGUAUUCGAGGAUUGCGACUUUCAAGAGGCGGUCAAAUGGGCACAUAAUGGUAUCAUGAGCAACAUGGGUCAGAAUUGUUCUGCGACCUCGCGUAUUUAUGUGCAAGAGAGUAUAUACGACAAGUUUGUGGAAGCUCUCAAGGAGCAAACGAUUAAAGAGUCCAAGGUUGGAGAUGUUUUUGAUGACACAGUGACUCACGGUCCACAGGUUUCGGCCGUACAACAGCAGCGUGUUUUGUCGUACAUUGAAAAGGGUAAGGAAGAAGGUGCCCGGGUUGUUCUUGGAGGGCAUGCAGUUUCUGGAAAGGGGUUUUAUGUUGAGCCCACGAUUUUUGCCGACGUUGAGGACAAUAUGACUAUAGUUCGCGAGGAGAUUUUUGGGCCUGUAGUUUGUGUGGGGAAGUUUAAGACUGAAGAGGAGGCUAUUGCUCGUGCCAAUGACACAACGUAUGGGCUUGCAGCCGGUGUGUUUUCUGGCAGCAUUGCACGAAGUCUUCGGGUGGCACGUGCGUUUCGAGCAGGAACAGUGUGGGUGAAUAGUGCUAAUCUGGAAUCACCCAAGGUUCCGUUUGGUGGGUUUGGUAUGAGUGGUAUUGGCACGGAGCUUGGAGAAUAUGGAUUAGAUAUUUAUUCAGUGAAGAAGGCUAUUACAGUGAAUAUUGGUAUUAAGUUGUAG